GUUUGAAUGCUUCAAGACAAAGAACUCAGUAAACUACCAUCUGCUUUUUACCUUAGUUCUAUUCAGUUUAAUAGUAACCACAGUUUAUCUUAAGGUAAAAGAGCCUGUGUUCCAUCAGGUCAUGUAUGGAAUGUUGGUCUUUACAUUAGUACUUCGAUCUGUUUAUAUUGUUACAUGGGCUUAUCCAUGGCUUAGAGGACUAGGUUAUACAUCCUUGGGUAUAUUUUUAUUGGGAUUUUUAUUAUGGAACAUAGAUAACAUCUUUUGUGAUUCGCUGAGGAACUUUCGAAAGAAGAUGCCACCUAUCCUAGGUGUUACCACACAGUUUCAUGCAUGGUGGCAUAUUUUAACUGGCCUUGGUUCUUAUCUUCACAUCCUGUUCAGUUUAUAUACAAGAACACUUUACCUGAGAUACAGGCCAAAAGUGAAAUUUUUCUUUGGAAUCUGGCCAGUGAUCAUGUUCGAGCCUCUCAGGAAGCACUGAUGAUUAUUCCAUGAAGAGAACAAAAAAUACGUGCAUAUGCCUAGCAGGAUGAUAAGAAAUCUCUAAAAAUCUAAAUAUUCAAAUGCACCAUGACCAUCGCAACAGAGAAGUGACUUUCUGACCAAUGCUGCCAACCACACAGAGAAUGAAGAAUUGAUCCUGGUUGGUGUUUUGCUCCUGGCUUUAUAUUAUUUGUCCUCCUCAUCUUCAUCCUGAGGUGCUUUUAAAGAAACAGAUAUGAUGUAUAUUUAUGUUCUAGAAUGCUGGGGAAAUUGAGCUUUCUUAACAGGUUAACAGCUUGUGCUGGUCAUAGGAAAUUAACUUUUUUCUCUUUUUUGAUAAGGAUUGCAUGUGAACUAUAUCUUUUCUAAUAUUAAAUAAGGAAAAUAGUAAGGAUGACAGAGCCCAAUGUCCAGAUGGUCAACUGUGAGCCAGCAUUAAGCUGUGUCAGCUUUGAUUUCUACUAUUGUCAUGUUAACCUCGUACAUGGUUUUUCAAGAUUAAAAAAAAAACCUAGUUAUGGUAUUCUAGGUACUCUUUCUAUCAUCUGUCUCAGUGCAAGUCCAAGUAUCAUAAACAAACUCAGACCUGCCACUGGGUUCUAUACUUGUAUUGCCCAGAAUUUGCUGUGGGCUCUGGGGUGUAAGAGCAAAUAGAGCAAAUUAUAGCAAUGGAUCUAGUAUCCUUUCUGAAGCUCCACUGGGACACCUAGAAAAUGCUACACCUCUGGCCAGUUAAAAGUGGUUGCUUUGUUUCCUUUGGCAGAUCUUUAAGUUGCCACUGUUUUUAUGUUCAGGCAAACAUAAUUGAUGGUAUAGUCUACCCUUCUGGACUAACUUAUUUGAAGUUAUCAAGGAAUGUCAUAAAACUAAGACUUUUUACAUUAUGCAGUAUUUUCCAGUUUUCAGAGGGGCCAUGGUUAUGCCCAGGAAAGCAUGUCAAGGUAACGGAAGUAAAAUGGUCAGCAUCCUAGAUACAUAAAGUUUAUUAAAAUAAUCUGCUCCUUCAUUUUUAAGUUUGUAUGUUUUUAUUUUAUUUGUGGUACUGGGGGUCAAACCCAGGGCUUUGCACAUGCUAGGCAGAUACUCUACUAUUGAGCAACAUGCCCAGCUCCAGCUUCACUUUUUGAGGGAAAUAGAUACAAGCAUUGAGAACAGCUCUAACUUAUAACUUGCAAAACAGCCAAAAGUUGGAGGGCCAAGAAAUAGCAGUAAAGGGCCGGGAUUUAGCUCAGUGGUGCCACUGCCUGCCUCGCAAGCACAAGGCCCUGAGUUCGAUCCCUGGUACCAAAAAAAAAAAAGAAAUAGCAGUAAAAUAUCAUUGUAAAGCAGCUAGUUCUAAUUUGUUUGAAUGUAUAACAAAUAGAAUCAUUUUUCACCAAAAAAAAAAAAAUAAAGGGGCUGAUACAGUAAGUCCCCGUUUGGGGAAAAUUUUCAUAAGUGAGAUUCAUUUGUAAGUCUGACAAAGUGAGGCCUAUAUACCUUUGACCCAAAUAUACAAUGUAAAGCAUUAAAAAACUAAACAGAAAGGUACUGUACUGUACUAGUGUAUACGAUUGCACUGUACAGUAAGCACACAGCAGCACAACUGUGACAAUGUCUGGCAGACACAUGAGCUACAGAUGGUGCAUACCUGUAAUCCCAGCUACUAGGAAGGCUGAGGCAAGAGGUUUGAGUUCAAGGCCAGCCUAGGUAACUUAGUAAGACCCUCAAAAAAAGGAAGUUUGGGGUGUGUCAUAAUGCUUGCCUAUUGAGUGGUUGCCUACCAUGUACAAGGCCCUGGUUUGAGCUGCAGUACCACAAAAACAAACCUAUUUUGCUGCAAGAUCUUGACUUCCGACUGCAUUCACUUGUAAUACUUUGAGUUAUUACUUUUUAAUUAAUUUGUUUCACACCAUUAUAUUUUUACACUGUUCAAUCAAAUACUCUUCUGAAUAAAGAAUCCAUAUAUAGGAACAAAGCCACAUCCUUCAUCACAAUAUCGAUUUGUGAGACCACAUUUCUGCAGUGUCAAAGUCAGACUAAGAGUAUGACGUGCACCCUGAAACUGACAUCAUUUAGAGCAAUUUGUUCAUUGUGCAAUUCACAUACCACCAUGUAUGGUCAAUUGUUGAAUAAAAUAGUUCCGCACCUCACUUAUCAAGGUAUUUGCAUCCCUGAGUUAUAUGUAAGACUAAAGCCAAUUCCUUAGAGAUCUUUAUUUCUAUUGGGAGUACAGACAGCAUGAAAGUGCUGGGUAAAAUAUUUCAGAUGUGUUGAGCAGAAAGAGAUGAAACCAAACUUUAAUUUUCCAAGACAGUUUGUGCCUCAACAAUAGCUCUCUUAAUAAAAAAUGAAGUAAUACUUUC